CUUUUUUUUUAUUAAUAAGUAUAAUAUUAUGUUUAUUAUGAUUAAAGGAGGAGUUAAUAUUUAUCGUUAGUUUGAUUAGCUCGUGACUUUCAGAUGUGAAUAGGAUUUCAAGACCACAUUUGUUGCAUCAGCCAUCAACUUUAUGAAAUCACGAACUGACAUUACUGCAAAGUACUUACAAGUAACAACAAAAGAUUAAAUAAAGUGCCAACAAAGACAAACCAUCGAGUGUCAACAGUUGAUGCGAAUGCGUUAUCAACACGAUGUGAUAACAUUAUUGUUAUAACUUAUAAGCAAAUCACCGGCGGACAAUAUUGAAGAAUAUUAGAAGAGUUAAGUUUGUGCGAAUAAAUACAAUUAUUUUUCAAAAAAUACAUUUAUACUCAUCAAUUGGUAUUAAUCAAAAGAAAAUGGAAAAGUUCAAGUUAGCAUCUAGAUAUGAACCGGGCCAAUUCAACGUUUGGAUUGAAUACAGUGAUUUGGCUAUGAUUACUAAGCCUUUGAAUUUGGGUCAAGGAUUUCCAGAUUAUGAACCACCAUCACGAUUUUUAAAUUUCUUAGCAGAAGUGGCUUCAGAAAAUAAUUUAUAUUCUCAUCAAUAUACACGUGGAUUGGGUCAUGUACGUUUAGUAAAUGCGUUAUCAAAACUUUAUUCAAACCUAAUUAACCGAGAAAUUGAUCCACUGAAUGAAAUAUUGAUUACGGUUGGAGCAUAUGAAGCACUUUUUUGUACUAUACAGAGUAAUAUAGAGGUUGGUGAUGAAGCGAUUAUUAUUGAGCCAUUUUUUGAUUGCUACGAACCAUUAAUACGUAUAGCUGGCGGAACUCCCAGAUUCAUAGCACUAAAGAAUACUAAGCCUAAUAGUUCAGAAUCACAUUCGAGUGAUUGGAAGCUCGAUCCUGAAGAACUGGCAUCAUUAUUCAAUUCCAAAACCAAACUCAUCAUCGUAAAUACACCACAUAAUCCAUUGGGAAAAGUAUUUGAUUACRACGAGUUAAAAAUGAUUGCAGAUUUGGCCAAAAAACAUAAUGCUCUAGUUAUUUCUGAUGAGGUAUAUGAGUGGUUGGUGUACGAGCCAGCAAAGCACAUAAGAAUUGCUUCACUUCCUGACAUGUGGGAAAGAACAAUUACAAUUGGGUCUGCUGGAAAAACAUUUAGUAUGACUGGUUGGAAACUUGGAUGGGCAUAUGGUCCAGCUAAUCUUAUAAAAAAUCUAGUUGUUGUUCAUCAAACUGCAAUUUAUACAUGUGCAACUCCAGUUCAAGAAGCUGUUGCUAGAGGUUUUGAACAUGAAAUCAGUGUCCUUGGCACAUCAGAAAGUUAUUUUCAAAAUUUAUGCAAAGAAUUAAAACCAAAAAUGCAUUUUCUGUCUAAUGUAUUAAAAGAAACUGGCUUCAAACCUAUUAUCCCUGAUGGAGGAUAUUUUAUUAUUUCAAAUUGGACCAUAUUUGAAAAUAAAAUAGAUUUAAGCCUGGAAACUGAUAAAUACAAGGACUUACAGUUUACUAAGUGGCUUUCCAAAAAUGUCAAACUUCAAACUAUACCAUUUUCAAUCUUUUUCUCCGAAAAGAGUAAACCAAUGGCUGAAGACUAUAUGCGACUUUGUUUCUUCAAAAAAGAUGAAACUUUAAAGGAAGCUGAUAAAUUGUUAACUACAUGGACAAGGAAAUUAUUUUGAAAGCCUAAAAGUUAACUAAACUUUAAAAUUGUUUUUGGCAAUAAUUAAUUUUAGUACAAGAAUUAUUCUUAUAUAUACAUAUUAAUGUGUAUAGAAAAUUUU